AUGCGGCGCAAACCGGUCCUAAAGGUAGCAACAUGGAUCCAUAUCGCCUUGCGCAUCCUACUCCUGCUGUCGGGCGUCACUCUUCUCGUCUUCGCUGUGUACAUGGCCGUGCGAUGGGGACCCAUCAGAUCCCAAAAGAUCUACCCGGCUGUGUUAGCUGCGGCGAGUCUUUCGAUUAUAACCGACAUCAUCGCCUUGAUCCUCUUAAUCUCCAAACUGGACUAUAUCCCCACAGUCAGCUUCUUCGAGGCUGUUACGUUGGGCGUUGGCAUCUGGGGGGUGUGCUCCAUGGUGUUCAGCGAUUACCACUAUAGCAAUGGUCCGGAAGACCGCCCAACCGGAUGGCAGCAUAUGGAUGGCAUUACGUUUGGCUUUUCGAUUUGUCUCGUUUGCGAGAGAGCGAUCUCGCUUACCGCUUUUGUGAUCGAUGUCUUUGGACAGAAUGGCGAUAACGGAAUUUUAUCGAUGCAUCUCGGGUCAUAA